GCUGCGCCUCGGGUGCCGCGCCGGGGUCGCUAGUUGGGCCACACUGGCCACGGUACUUUUUCUUCUCCUGCUGCGUAAAGCUGGUUGGGUGUUUUUCGCCGGCUCUUAGCAGAGGGCUCCUUGUGGAAAAUCGCGCCGCAGCCUAUGACGCCGAGCUGUCUCGAGACCUUCUCCUGACGCUUCCGUAGCGCGGAGGGAUGUGGACUCCUGUGGGUCGGGGCAGGUGGCACGGUCGCGCGCCCACGGUGUGGGCCACCGCAGCCGCACAUCGGGGCCUCCUGGAGCCUCGCCGCACGCCGAGCCGUGGGGCUGCUGCCAAGUCCAGGACUCUGGACAGGCUCUACAGCUCUGCCGACCGCAAGGAAAAAAUUGACAUGUCUAGAUUCUCUGUUGAAAAUAUUAGAAAUUUCAGUAUCAUUGCACAUGUGGAUCAUGGCAAAAGUACUUUAGCUGACAGACUCCUGGAACUAACAGGCACAAUUGAUAAAACAAAAAAUAAUAAGCAGGUUCUUGAUAAAUUGCAAGUGGAACGAGAAAGAGGAAUCACUGUUAAAGCCCAGACAGCAUCUCUUUUCUAUAAUUGUGAAGGAAAGCAGUACCUUUUAAAUCUCAUUGAUACACCGGGCCAUGUUGAUUUUAGUUAUGAAGUAUCCAGGUCACUCUCUGCUUGCCAGGGUGUUUUACUUGUGGUUGAUGCAAACGAGGGUAUUCAAGCCCAAACUGUAGCAAACUUCUUUCUUGCCUUUGAAGCACAGCUGUCGGUAAUUCCAGUUAUAAACAAGAUAGAUCUGAAGAAUGCUGAUCCUGCAAGGGUUGAAAAGCAAAUUGAAAAAGUGUUUGAUAUUCCAAGUGAUGAAUGUAUUAAGAUUUCUGCUAAACUUGGAACUAACAUUGAAAGAGUUCUUCAGGCAGUCAUUGAAAGAAUACCACCUCCCAAAGUGCAUCGCAAAAAUCCCCUGAAAGCUUUGGUAUUUGAUUCCACAUUUGACCAAUAUAGGGGUGUGAUAGCCAAUGUAGCAUUAUUUGAUGGAGUGGUUUCCAAAGGAGAUAAAAUUAUAUCUGCACAUACUAAAAAGACGUAUGAAGUUAAUGAAGUAGGAGUUCUGAAUCCUAAUGAGCAGCCAACACAUAAACUAUAUGCAGGACAGGUGGGCUAUCUGAUUGCUGGGAUGAAAGAUGUCACUGAAGCACAAAUAGGAGAUACAUUAUAUUUACAUAAACAACCAGUGGAGCCCUUGCCUGGGUUUAAAUCAGCGAAACCAAUGGUAUUUGCAGGAAUGUACCCUAUAGACCAAUCUGAAUAUAAUAACCUGAAGAGUGCUGUAGAAAAACUGACUAUAAAUGAUUCCAGUGUGACAGUUCAUCGGGAUAGUAGCCUUGCCUUAGGUGCUGGUUGGAGGUUGGGAUUUCUUGGACUUUUGCAUAUGGAAGUUUUCAACCAGCGACUGGAGCAAGAAUAUAAUGCUUCUGUAAUUUUGACAACCCCAACUGUUCCAUAUAAAGCUGUUCUUUCGUCAGCAAAAUUGAUAAAGGAAUACAGAGAAAAGGAAAUUACAAUCAUCAAUCCUGCACAAUUCCCUGAUAAAUCAAAAGUAACAGAAUAUUUGGAGCCAGUUAUUUUGGGUACAAUUAUCACACCAGAUGAAUAUACUGGAAAAGUAAUGAUGCUUUGCCAGGUAUAAGUAUAAUACAAUUUAAUAUAAAAGUUAAUUUUAGUCCUAACAGUGGUUUCCAACUCAGGUUUUGAAAAAUUUCUCUCUGUAGAGCACAUUGAAUUUGUAAGAAAUUUUCAUGAAGAUCUACAACUAUGUGUGUGUGUGUAUAUAGAGAUGUAGAUAUA